AUGGGGCUGGUUCAUCAUGGUUUGGACCUUUUCAACUAUGAUCAGAGCGUCUGCUCCAGUCAGGUUCUGAUCACUGCCAACGGCACACCCUCCAACAUCGAGUACGACGAGUACGUUGUCUAUAAGCGACCUGAAGAGUCGGGACCGGCAACCCUUAGAGAGCACGUAGUAGAGGAAGAUGAGCAUAUUGCCCAUCACUUUACGCGUGAUGACGCUCCUGGAAAUAUCCUAUUUGACAAGGCAUUCCGUCACGGGUUUCUCCUUGAUCGCAAUGUCAUCUGCUUUAAGCGCAAGACCAUCUAUGACGGUGGCCGCGACAUUCUCAGCAUGACCGUCGAUGAUCUGGCAGCCAUGGACCUGCAUCCUGCCACUCUGCAGUACUCGACCCGUACGACUACAGAGUCAAGGUUCUGGUCCAAGGACGGAUCACGCCUGAGCAUUAUCCUCGCAUUCUCCGAGAUGCCCAAGACGCCCUGCGACUUUCUCUCCAUGACUUACAACGUCAAGGAGCGCACAGCGACUAUCCUAGUCCGACAGUCCUGGGAGCCAAGGCGGCACAGCCUCGACGACCUCGACGAGUACGACCACCGCCUCGAGUCAUGCAGGACUCACUGGGCGCACCCCCUGAUCACGCCAGUGGUGCUGCUUCAAGUGCAAUUUAUGCGAUGUGAAGAGGCAGUUAUCGAGAACAACUCUAAUGUCGCUAAUCUUGAGUACGAUGUCAGCAACAUCGCUGGUUUUGAACAGCAGGACUUGCCGGGGGGUCGACGCCUCAGCCGGACCUUUAGCAACGGUAAGGACGGAGCCAGGAUCGCUUGGGGACCCAUGACCAUGACAAAGCUCAUGAAGAGGGCGCACGAGGUUCUCAAGGACACCAUCAAGUUGUUGGACACAAUCCGCUGGAUGGAGCGUGCCGUCAAGGUCUUGAUUCUCGCCGGUGACGAACUCACUGAGCGCAUGGGAAGUUCUGUUCAACCGUUUGGCCAGGAUCUCAGCAUGUUGAGCCCUAUCUUCAUUGAUACUGAGCGAGGACCUGCUCCUGUGAGCCCAGUUCUGCCCCCCAAGAACCUGCCUAAGCUUCGACUGCCCGAUGAAGAUAGCGAUGGUGACUCGCUGGGACCGCAUUGGCAUGAAAUCAGACAGUAUCUUGAUGGAUUGCUGCGUCUAUGCAUGGGCCUUGAGACGGAUAGGCGAAUGUCCGAGGCCAGAUGCCGUGCCCAAAUUGACAUGAUCUACAGUAAGAUGGCCCAGGAGGACAACAUCCUCAACGCUCGCAUGGCAGUGGCAUCAACCCGCGACAGCUCUUCCAUGAAGGCUCUGGCUGUCAUCACGGCCAUCUUCCUUCCCGGCGAGUUUCUCGGCACACUCUUUGGCAUGUCUAUGUUUGACUGGCUCGGGCCCGACGAAGAGGACAAUGGAGACGAAAAGGCACCUAUGGCCCAGUCAGUGAAGGUCAACCGGUUCGGGGAGAACUUCUGGUACUACUGGGCCACGGCGAUCCCCCUGACGCUGGUAAUCCUCUUCGUCUGGCGCGCUUGGUGGGUGACUCAGGACCGCUACUUUCGUCGCCACCUCUCGCAAGAGCUCAGCGAGGAACGGUACUGGACGGCCGACGGAAAGCCUCGCCAGCUGGAACGAAGCUUCCUCUGGGACUUUUUCUACCUGUCGGCGAGGCGGGACGAGCGACCCCGACAUACCGAGGAGCUGGCCGACCUCGAGACCAUUGACUCCGGGAAGAACGGCUACGAAGGUCAAGCCAGUGCGAGGCAACGACAGAUUCUGGCAACGAGGAAAUGGAGUCUUAGCCAGAGGGCUGGUGCUGUAUCUGUGUGA